AAAGCGCGCUGUGGAUGCUGGCAAGAGUUUCUUCCAUCGCGCGCUUCUGUUACACGAUGUGGAUGCGAAACAACAGCAAGGUGAUUGAUUUAAGAUGAACCGAUGUGUGUAAACAUGUAAUGCAAACGUGUGACACCCUGUGGAUUUACAGUAUCAGAAACCUAAAGAUCGCAAACACGAACAUCUGUCAUCCUGUAAUGAAAUAUGGAAGCGAGGAACUCAACGUACCCACUUCUUUUGGGAUAAACUAUCAUGACACAGGAUAUUGGUAUCAGAACACCUGUAAUAAUGGCAGUUUAUCUCUGAUCAGUGCUCUUGUUGAAAACACGGAUCUGAUACAUACAAAGGAUCAUACCUGAUCAAGGGUCAUGACAGAACUUUCUGAGAGGAGAUAAUCAUUAGUUGGGUGGAUGGAGAGGGGCAGUGGGGCUAUGGUGAACUCAUCCCCAGCAGUCGCUGCUCAUGCAGAGGGAGAAGAGAUUGAGGUGCUGGAGAGCACUGAUGUCCUUCCUGUUGCUCCAGAGGACUAUGAUCCAGGGAAUUCAGGCUUCAUCAGCACUGAGCGGUUUCGAGACCUGCUUGUAGCUCAUGGAUCAGAACUGGACCCUCACAAGCUGGAGGUUCUUCUCGCCCUGGCUGAUGGAAAUGCAGACGGCAAGAUCUGCUACCAGGACUUUGUUAACCUGAUGAGCAACAAACGUUCAAACAGUUUCCGUCGAGCAAUCCUGCAGGGGAGUCGGCAGCUCCGGAACUCUACGCUGAGAGAGGAAGUGGGCUUGGGUCUGUCUCGAAGACUUGUGCGCCACGUCGCCUACGAGACGUUGCCCAGAGAGGUGGACCGCAAGUGGUACUUUGACAGUUACACCUACUGUCCACCACCAUGGCUAAUGAUGGUCAUCACUAUAGCAGAGGUUAUUGUCUUCAUGUAUUACGGACUGCAGCUAAACCGCUGGGUUCUACAAGUGUCAUCCCCAUACUUCCUGAAGGGCCCACUGCCAUACCACCCACAGCUCAGAGCUCAGGCCUGGCGCUACCUUAGUUACAUUUUCAUGCACACUGGAAUUGAACACCUGGGUCUAAACAUGGCCAUGCAGCUGUUGGUGGGCGUGCCUUUAGAGAUGGUGCAUGGUGCUGUGAGAAUCGGCCUGGUGUAUGUGUGCGGCGUGCUGGCAGGUUCAUUGGCUGUGUCAGUUACAGACAUGACUGCACCUGUAGUCGGUUCAUCAGGGGGAGUCUACGCUCUAGUCUCCGCCCACCUCGCCAAUGUUGUCAUGAACUGGUCAGGGAUGAAAUGCCAGUUCAAGCUCUUUCGCAUGGCUAUGGCUCUGGUGUGCAUGAGUGUGGAGUUUGGUCGUGCUGUCUGGCUCCGAUUCUAUCCUCCAGCCUUCCCGCCAUUGCCUAAUCCCAGCUUUGUGGCCCAUCUGGGGGGAGUGGCAGUGGGCCUUACGCUUGGUGUUGUGAUUCUUCAGAACUAUGAACAGCGUUUGCAGGAGCAGUCCUUGUUCUGGAUCUUCUUCAGUGUCUACACACUCUUUAUCCUCUGUGGAAUCUUCUGGAACAUUUUUGCCUACAAUCUAUUGGAUAUCAAGUUACCCCCACCUCCAUGAAGCACAUAUUCUGUGUUUGUAUGUGGGAAGCUGUACAUUAAAAGGCAGACAAAAUAUUUGAAUGGUUGUGAAAAUCAUAAAUGAAAAACAAAUGCUAAAUUCCUCACUGCAGUAUCCUGCAGCGUUUGUGUUAGUGCCUAAAACAUGCCAACGUCUAGCAUCAUCAAAGUAGCUAAAAUGAGAGAUCACUACAAUGAGCCCAAGUGUACAAGCUACUUUCAGCCUGCUAUUUGAGGGCUAUCAGAGAUAGCACAAGUAUUAAUUUCAAGAUUAAACUGCUGCUGCUGGCUUGUCAACUGUCAGGUUGAUUCUGUGUCAGAUAUUCCCCAGCUCUUAACUGGCACAGGAAGGUUUUGCCAAAAAAAAAAAGAAAAAACAUUAUAAAUAACUGGAAACAAAUUUAUGAAGGAGAAAGAUAAAGAAAAAGACUGUUUUGCAGCCUAAUAUGGAAUAUACUUGAAUGAGUUACUGUAGUAGUAAAGGUACAAUUGAACAGAGACCAAACUCUCUCUGCAAAUGAUCAUUCACAUAUCUUUUGAAUAAUGCGCUUUUAUCUGAGCUAAGAGAAACUUAGCAUUCCCUUACCUUUUCAUUGUUGUCAACAAGCCCUGUAUGCAUCAUAAUAACUUUAUUGCUGCCAGCUCUGAAAUUGCACACUUAAUUAGAUUAUUUUAAUAGUAUUUGAUUGUAUAAUUGAAUCACACAGAUUAGUUCAAGGGUGGAACAGAAGUGUUAUGGAAGUCUCCCGAACAAAUACAUUGAUAAACAGAACAGUAACAAAGCAAAGUCACAUCAGUAAUAAAUGCUGCAGACAACUACAUGUAAUAUGCCAUUUAAUAUAGAGCAUAUUAGGGUGGUCCAUGAAACUAUAUUAAAAAAUUAAAUAAACAUUUAAGAGAAGUCCAGAAGUCUACAUUUAUUCUGAAGCCGAUUGGGGCAUGUUAAGGGAUCGCUCGCCCAAUGACCCACAUUUUUCUCAUUAUAAUCAUCAAUGCCAUAAACAAAUAGUUCAGCAAAUAGAGAUCUCAUUGCUGUAAAUGGUUACUUAAUUACUUAAUUGGCUUAGAAUUAUGUUUAGAAGUAUCAAGUGUAAAUAAGAUAUUCUUGGUCAAAUUAUUGCUGACAUAAAUAGCUGGAACAUUUUAUCUUUACUGUUUAUGAGACUAUGGACAGUAACUGUUAAAGUCUGUUGUUUUUGUCUUAAUUAAUAAAGUGAAAAAAAUUCCUGCAAAAUAAUCUAGCAUUAAAGCUCUUUACCAAACUGAUACAAUGCCAAAAGGAAGUAGUAGUGCUGAAGUAUGGCUGAUAGGGAAGGGUUCAGAUUAGGGCAGCACGAUUAUAGAAAAAAUAAUAAUUGUUGAUUAUUGCCCUUGAUAUUGUAAUAGCAGUUAUUAAUGUCAAUGAAAAUAUUAAAUUACCAUGACAUCACAAAGUAAGCAACCAUGCGGUUCUUCAGAGUAGCAGAUUUCAAUGGUAGAUAUGAGCUGCGCUCCAGUUUCUUUUAAGCAUCUUUUAAGCAUUAAAUAUUGUUAUAAUGUUUGUUAAUGUUAGGCCAAAUAAAAAUUAUAUUAAAUGGAUAUCUAUUUAUAUAGAAUAAAUACAAUUAUUUCUAAAUUACUGCUUAAAUUAUUAGUCUACCAACAGUAAAUAAUAUGACAUUCAAUAUUCAGUCUUAUUAACGGACGAU